AUGCCCUCAUCCACCCCCGCCCCCUGGCGCGCCCCCUUCCUAACGCACAUCACCCCCCUCCCCUCCCCAACCUUCACCCUAGCCACUCUCCAGCAGCAAACUCCCACACUACCCUCCUCCUCCUCCACCGCCGCCGCCGAUUCCGCCGAUUCCGCCGAUUCCACCAAUUCCACCGCCUUCCCGCGCGCCCGCACCUGUGUCUUCCGCGGCUUCUGGGCUUCACUCUCCCCUCACCCGUCCAACCCGGCUCCUCUUAAUCCCACGGGGGUGUUUGAGUCGGAUUUGUUGGUUUUUACGACGGAUGGACGGUCGGAGAAGGUUGGGGGGUUGUUUAGUUCUGGAACCCGCUCUAGUGAUGUUAAGGAUACUGGUGGUAAAGAGGAGACCUUGCAGACGGGAGGCGGGGGACAGGUCGAAGCGGUGUGGUGGGUUGAUAAACCUGAAGUGAGGACGCAGUGGCGGGUGAGGGGACGGGCGUGGGUGUUGGGGUCGGAUGUGGAAGGGGGUGGUGAGAAAGCGGAAGAGGUGAGGGGGGUUUUGAGGGGGCGGAUGAGGCGGUUGUUGCCUAGGGAUGAGAAUGGGGAUUGGAGUUUUGCGAGGGAGGUGACGGCGCAUUUUGGGAAUUUGACGCCGCUUAUGAGGGGUACGUUUAAGGGGCCGCCUCCGGGGGUGCCGGUUGCGUGUGGAGCGGGUGAUGGGGAGGUUUUGGCGCAGAGGGUGGAGGGUGUGGAGGAUGAGGCGGCGAGGAGGAAUUUUAGGGUGGUGGUGAUUGUGCCGGAGGAGGUGGAUCAGGUUGAUUUGAGCGAGGAGUUGAAGCCGAGGAGGUGGUUGUAUGUGUAUCGGGGGGAGGAUGGGAAGGCUAGGUUGCCGGGAGGGGAGGUUAUUGGGGAAUGGGAGAAGGUUGAGGUAUGGCCGUGA